AUGGGCUCUAUGCUGUGGUCGCUUCUCUUCUACUUGCCUGCCCUGUGCUGCCUGGCCCUGGAGGUCUACAGCUUUGGGGAAGAAGAGGAGAGAGCGCUGCGACCCAAUCAGGAUCUCCAUGUGCCAGAACCUGGGCUACAAUGUAACCAAGAUGCCCAACCUGGUGGGACAUGAGCUUCAGACCGAUGCGGAGCUUCAGCUCACCACCUUCACCCCUCUCAUCCAGUAUGGGUGCUCCAGCCAGCUACAGUUUUUCCUGUGUUCUGUGUACGUUCCAAUGUGUACGGAGAAAAUUAACAUCCCCAUCGGCCCCUGUGGUGGCAUGUGCCUUUCCGUCAAGAGAAGGUGUGAGCCUGUCCUCAAAGAAUUUGGAUUUGCUUGGCCAGAAAGUUUGAACUGUAGCAAAUUUCCACCCCAGAAUGAUCAUAAUCACAUGUGCAUGGAAGGCCCUGGAGAUGAGGAGGUCCCAAUGCACAGCAAGACAUCUGUGCAACCCGGGGAAGAGUGCAUUGCCAUGGGUCCGAACUCCGAACAGUACACCUGGGUUUCGAGAAGCAUGAGCUGUGUCUUGAAGUGCGGUUAUGAUGCAGGUCUCUAUAGCCGCUUGUCCAAGGAAUUUACUGACAUCUGGAUGACCGUGUGGGCCAGCUUGUGCUUUUUAUCCACUGCAUUCACAGUGCUCACUUUUUUGAUUGACUCAUCUCGUUUUUCCUAUCCUGAGAGACCUAUCAUCUUCCUGAGCAUGUGUUACAAUAUUUAUAGCAUUGCCUAUAUUGUGAGAUGAUUGUGGGCCGAGACAGAAUAUCCUGUGAGUUUGGGGAGGCUUCGGCACCCGUUCUCAUCCAGGAAGGGCUAAAAAACACAGGAUGUGCUAUCAUUUUCUUGCUCAUGUACUUUUUUGGAAUGGCUAGCUCCAUCUGGUGGGUGAUUCUGACACUGACCUGGUUCCUUGCAGCAGGCCUUAAGUGGGGACAUGAAGCUAUAGAGAUGCACAGCUCCUACUUCCACAUUGCUGCUUGGGCGAUUCCAGCCGUAAAAACAAUAGUCAUCUUGAUCAUGAGACUUGUUGACGCGGAUGAGCUGACGGGUCUUUGCUAUGUUGGCAACCAAAACAUUGAUGCCCUCACUGGUUUCGUAGUAGCCCCACUUUUCACUUACUUGGUGAUCGGUACUCUGUUUAUAGCAGCCGGUCUUGUGGCGUUAUUUAAAAUCAGGUCCAACCUUCAAAAAGAUGGAACGAAAACAGACAAGUUAGAACGCUUAAUGGUGAAAAUCGGUGUCUUCUCAGUUUUGUACACUGUCCCAGCAACCUGUGUGAUCGCCUGCUACUUUUACGAGAUCUCCAAUUGGGCCAUUUUCCGAUACACAGCCGAUGACUCCAACAUUGCUGUGGAGAUGCUCAAGAUAUUCAUGUCUCUUCUGGUGGGCAUCACAUCGGGUAUGUGGAUCUGGUCUGCCAAGACGCUGCAUACGUGGCAGAAGUGUUCAAACAGAUUGGUGAACUCGGGGAAAGUGAAAAGGAAGAAAAGGGCUGAUGCUUGGGUAAAACCAGGCAAAGGGAACGAAACUGUGGUAUAG